UGAGUCACGUGGUCAGGAUGUACUUAGCUCCACAUGGGUGCACUAUCACUUGUCAGAGCAGCUGUGAUUGGAGCCGGCGAACAUGGCUGAGGAUGUGACUGUGUCAGAGGAGACUUUAACAAGUUGUCUCACUCUGCUGGUCAACGUAAACAGAGUUCUCUUGCAGAAAGCCAAAGAGGAUGCAGCAGUCUCCCUGGAGAACUUAGUCCCUCAUAAGAUCUCCACUUUGUUUGGCCUGAUCUCGGCCGGUGGAGACCUCUACAGAAGCCUUGGAGUGAAGACGAAGUCUGAAGCAGAGGCCAUUUGGAAGAAGUUCUACCACCAUGAAGGAGUCAGAGACCAGGUCGAGGAGCUCAUGCAGCUGGAGAGUGAGUGGGACUCCUUCCUGGAGAGUGUGGACAAAGACCUGCAGACUUCACAGGAGCAGCCCAGUAGCAAAAAAGGAGACAGCCUGAGCCCUGAUAUUGCGUUCACAGAUGCAAGGAGUGGAGAGAGCGUGACUCUGGGUCAGUACCUGAGUAAGGGUCAGAAGCUGCUGCUGGUUCUCAUCAGACAUGUUGGAUGACUACCGUGACGAGACCACUUGGCCGAGCUGGAGAAGAGUCAGGCUCUUCUAGAGGCUCGGUCAGUGCGGGUCUUGGUGGUGUCUUUCGCCAGCAUGGAGGCAAUUAAGGUGUGGUUGGACCAAACUGGAUCUACCUCGAAUACGGUGCUGGAUCGACCGAGAAAGGUCUACAGGAUGUUUGGCCUCGGCUCGUCGUACGCCAAAGUGAUGAAGUUCAGCAUCCUGCUACAGUACUCGGAGUUCGGAGUUGUCAACAGAGACUUCCCUGACAUCCCUCCUCGUCUGCUCGAAGACAUCUAUCAGAUGGGAGGAGACUUUUUGCUAGACGAAGCAGGGAAGGUGCUUCUCUGUCAUACAUGUAAAACCCCUCUGGACAGGCCAACUGUGACAGACAUCCUGCAGGCCGCUCAGCAUUAAAAUAUCAACGUACGGACCGAAACCUGUGAAAGCUGCAUGUGGACAUUGAUCAGAGGUUCAAGAGGUUUAAAACAUCACUGACACCACAAAGGAAGAGCAGCUCUUUGACUCACGUUGAUGAUGUCACAUCUCAAAUUCAUGACAUCAUGAAGAGGCAUGACUGAUGCUGAACUGUGAGGCAAAGACAACUGCUCUUCUUUGUUGUGUCAGAGUCGUGAUGGAAGCAUUAAAAUAUCAAUGUGCGGACCAAAAGCUGUGAAAUCUGCAUGUCAGCAUGUAGACGUUGAUCAGGGGUUCAAGAGGUUAAAAACAAUACUGACAAGAACAAAGGAAGCGCAGCUCUUUGACUCACGUUGAUGACGUCACGUGUCACACUCAUGACAUCAUGAAGAGGCGUGUCUGAUACUGAACUGUGAGGCAAAGACAACUGCUCUUCUUUGUUGUGUCAGAGUUGUGAUGGAAGCAUUAAAGAAGUAAUGCAACUGAAUUUAAUUAGCACUUGAUUUUGUAGAACAUAUGUGUGUGUAUGUUAUUAAAAAAGACACUGAUUUGCUUUCGCAGUUUUAACAUUAAAGGUGCAUCACGUUUAGUGGUCCCAAGAGGUAGCAUUUUUAAUUUUGAAAGGUUCCAAUGGCCUCAUUACCCAAUGCUGUAGCAAUACGAUACUACAGCUGACUACUUAAUUGAACUAAUUAUCUUCCUUUUGAAGGAAAAGUUCAAGAAAAAUAUUUUAAUCUUUUAAUGCAGAUAUAUUUUUAGAUAAAAUUGUGCUUGGCUAUUUUUCAAGUGGGGAAAACAAAGAUGUAAUUGCUGCUAUGUUGUACACUGAUCUUUUUAUAUCUUUAAAUAAAAUACUAUCAUUUAUCAUGAA